AUGUCGGAGGUGGAACACGAGGACGUUGCCGCCCAUAAUGCAGGCGACGGCGGCGGUAACAGCAGCUGGGGCGGCUCGGCGCUCGCCGUCGAUUGGGCGACCCGCUUUCCUGGUCAACUGCCUCACUACCUUCUCAUGAUCGGCUCCGGAAUUCAUAUGAGCACUAUGAAGAACAGCGUAUGACGCAGGGCCCUCAUGCACCCCAACAUCACGCGCCUUCUACAUUACGUGCAUACUUCUGGCAACAAGCUUGCCAAAGUCCAUUCGGCUGGGUCGUGAGGGUCUGAUAAUCGAGACAUUUUCCUUGAUCUCAUUACAUAACCCAUACAAACAAUCGUUUCCCUGGCUUACUGAUGAGUCCAUUCGGGCUUCUUCUUCUCCGCAAAAGCCGUCAUCCCAAUCUUCUGGUCCUGGCUUCCAAACAGACUGUGGAACACCCUACGCUCAUAUUCCACGCCGUCGCGCAGCCCCAGAUCCUGGCUCUUGUUGACAACCUCUUUGCACGCCUGGACAGCGACCUUUGAGUAGCUUGCGAUCGUCUCGGCCGUCUUGA